GUGCAAACUGUGCCAAGCAGAGGCAAGAGAAGGAGCCAGAGAGUAGGAACCACAGGAUGUGAAGGGCAGAGCACUGGGCAUUUAUUGUGCUGCCUGUAACGCCACACAGGAAACAAUCGGUCAUUUGAGAAAAAUAAAUCAGUGGAAAGAAGGCAGCAUUGGAAGUUUAAAACAUUCUAGUAACACACAGUUGCUGCAGGGGAAGGUUAUUAUAUAUUAGCCAAGUCAGCACCACCCAUGAAAUUGCUUGAAUCAGCGGGGCACACGUACAGUGCAGUGUAGAGCCUCUGCAGCUCCUACAACUUUCCCCUCCUGCUUCCGUAAUAAAUCCAGUUCUUUCACUUGCUUUCCAAAGACCUGAUUGCAACCUUCUUCUCAGUGAGCAAGACCUUUAGAGCAUACCUACAGCAAUAAACAUGAGUGAGAUGGAUGAGAACGAGGAGAUCCUGCAGAAGAUGAUCCAAUUCACUUCAAAGUCCCUGCGGCACAUAUCAAUGAAGGAGCAUUACCGGGUUAUUAUGGAGCUGGGCAGCGGUUCUUAUGGACAUGUUUUACAAGUUGAGCAUAAAGCACAAGACAAAGCCAUGGCCCUAAAGCUAAUGAGGAAGAAGUCUACAAAGAAGGAAAGAUUUCUAAUGGAGUAUUGUGUGUCGCUGUGCCUGUCAUCUCACCCCAAUAUUAUUGGGACCCUAAGACUGGCCUUUGAAACCAAUAAAUAUUUUGCCUUUGCCCAGGAGCUAGCAACAGCUGGAGAUCUCUAUUCCAUCCUAGAGCCUGGAGUUGGACUAUCUGAGACCAUGGUGAAACGUUGUGCAAUGCAGUUGGCCGAAGCACUGGAUUUUAUGCACAGCAAAGCUUUGGUACAUCGAGAUGUUAAAUUAGACAACAUACUAAUUUUUGACAAAGAUUGCCAUUUAAUUAAACUGGCAGAUUUUGGUCUUACAAGACUCGAGGGCUUUCUUCUCUCUCCCAUGUCAGGAACCCUUCCCUACUCUGCUCCAGAACUUUGCAGCUUAGAAGAAUCUGAAACACUUGAGCUUGACUCCAGUUUAGACGUGUGGGCCUUUGGUGUUCUUAUAUUCUGCAUUUUAUGCGGCUGUUUUCCCUGGGACACAGCUUUGUGUAGCGACAAACAAUAUGAAGACUUUGCCCUGUGGCAAAGCAACCAAGAUUACCUGGAUGUCCCUUCUCCUUGGAAACAAUUUACGCACCAGGCUUUGGACAUGUUCCAGAAACUGCUGACAAUCAAUCCAGACAAAAGAAGACCAGCCAUUGAGGUACAGAAAUAUCUGAAGGUGCCAUGGAAAAUCGGCAGCAUUAAAGAUAACAAUAACAUGCUGGACAACUCAAAAUACUUGGAAGAGAGCGUUGAUAACAUAAACUUUUUGCAGGACAAUGUUGGUAAUGAAAGCACAUCCACUAAAACCUCUUCAAUGAUAUCAGAAGACUCUUCUCCGAUAAACUCGUCAGCACAAGGAAGAACAUGGGAAGAUCAAAGACCGAGUUAAGAUGAAUGAGCAGAGAAAGGGGAGUGAAUAUUAUCUCUUUAGCAGACAAUAAAUAUGUUUAAGUAAUGCAGGGAGGUGAAGCCUUUUAGAUUUUGCUAUAUUUGUAAUUGUCACCGGCAAACCAGCCUUGUACCACCGUGGUUUCUUAUGGGAUGUAAACAACAGUCUGUACAGUAUAUUUUCCAGUGUACUAUAAAUUGAUAGCGUAGCUUCACCAUUCUUCUCAACAUUCGUAAAGUAGUUCAAGUUGUUAAUAAUUACAUUAAAUACUACAGUAUAGAUUUAGCUUUAUUUUGGAUAUAUAUUUUUAUACAUUUUCAAUAUUUUAUCAAUGGGGUUCAUGUAGUUAAAUGUAUUAACUAUAAAAUAUAGGGUAAUGUAAUAAGAGAUGCAAUGUUUUCUCCUGGUUUGGUGCUUUAAAGCAGCAGAUCGGUAAAUGGUAAUUGCGUAUUGCUAUUAUAUUUACAUUGUUUGCUGUGGUUUGCUUCAGUUGGAGGAAAUAUUGCAUCUAUAGUUACAUUUCUCCCAUAGCUGCCUAAUGCAUUGUCUUUGUAGAAAAUCCGGCACAGCAAUCGGUAUGUAGCAAUGUAUGACAGUUCACAGGAUGUUUGCUAUUGAGGGUUAUCUUGUAUAUUGUGUUAUCUCAAUGUUUUAUGCAUAAAAGAUUUAUAUUCAACUACAGCUGGAAUGUAUUGUUCUAAAACUUAUGGAAUUUAGAGGGCAUUUAUCAUUUAUGUCUAAGGUUUUUGUAAUUAAGAUAGUCAUCCUCUAUAAAAAUAUUUUUACUGGUCAACACCAUUGUGGGUUCUGAUGAAAACAUCAGAUCAUGUCAAAUCCAUUAUUUUGGAAAUUUCUACAAUGUAUAAAACUGAAAGUGGAUGAGGGUCAUUUACAGCAAGGCAUGCAGUACCCAAAGUGAAAUAUAUGUCUCCAAUAGGACAUAUUACAAUAUUACCUCUGUUAUUGAAUUGCUGCAACUGUAUUCACGAGAGGUGGGUGAUAGGAGGCAUAUAUGUGGUCCUUUUCCCUAAUUGUACAUCAUUCUGACAGCAAGACAGUCGGUAAGCAGAGGACUAGUCUGUACCUCUAACACUGCCCACCUUGCACCAGAAUUUAAUACAAGACAAUACAAGACAGUGUGAAUAAAACACAUAUAAACUGGCAGUGAUGUACAAGAGACAGAGACAGAGAGAGCAGAACAUGGCUGUUGGCCAGAAAUCUAGUAGCUUUGGUGUGGUCCUGACUGAUGCACAAGAAUAAAAAUCUAAUUUGCACUAUUACAGCGAUAAUUGCUUUGCUGACUGGUUGCAGAGGCUGCUAUAGUUCACUGCAAUGUACAGCAUAGCUAAUAUAAUAGGAAAUUAGCCCCUUUUUUCAACAUUUUGUGACUUAGGGGCUGAAUAGAAUUUUCAGUAAGGGUUCGUUUUUUUUUCCUGCACUUCCCUAUGGUAGAAUGCAGGAGAUCACCACUGCCAAGGAAGGCGCAAGAAAAAAACGUCAGUACAAGCCCUAAUGUUCAAUAGAUUUCAAACUAUCUAAGGGAAUCUGUUACUUAUAAUGUUUGAUUGGCACUGAUUAAAUGAGUGUAUAGCUUGCAGUAUAUAAGUUACUUGUGAAAAAAGUUUUGUUUUGUAAAUAUGUGUUUAGAUUUAUAUUUACCAAUAAACAGAUUUUCU